CUCCCGUCACUCCGAUUGGCCCUGCCGCGCGGGGCAUUGUGGGCCCCCGCGCUCCUGUCGCCGCUGCCGCCGCCUGCUCCUCGCCAUGUCGGGGUCCCCGGUGAAGCGCCAGAGGAUGGAGUCCGCGCUGGACCAGCUCAAGCAGUUCACCACAGUGGUGGCCGACACGGGCGACUUCCAAGCCAUCGAGGAGUACAAGCCCCAGGACGCCACCACCAACCCAUCCCUGAUCCUGGCUGCGGCACAGAUGCCUGCCUACCAAGGGCUAGUGGACGAGGCUAUUGCCUACGGCAAGAAGCUAGGCGGGUCACAAGAGGACCAAAUUAAAAAUGCUAUUGAUAAACUUUUCGUGUUGUUUGGAGCAGAAAUACUGAAGAAGAUUCCAGGCCGUGUAUCCACAGAAGUAGAUGCGAGGCUCUCCUUUGACAAGGAUGCCAUGGUGGCCCGAGCCAGGCACUUCAUUGAACUGUACCAGGAGGCUGGAAUCAGCAAGGACAGAGUUCUCAUCAAGCUGUCAUCCACCUGGGAGGGAAUCCAGGCUGGAAGGGAGCUGGAGGAGCAGCACGGCAUCCACUGCAACAUGACGCUGCUCUUCUCCUUCGCCCAGGCCGUGGCCUGUGCUGAGGCGGGCGUGACACUCAUCUCCCCCUUUGUGGGGCGCAUCCUGGACUGGCAUGUGGCGAACACGGACAAGAAAUCCUAUGAGCCACUGGAGGACCCUGGGGUCAAGAGUGUCACCAAAAUCUACAACUACUACAAGAAGUUUGGUUACCAUACCAUCGUCAUGGGCGCCUCCUUCCGCAACACGGCUGAGAUCAAGGCCCUGGCCGGCUGCGAUCUCCUCACCAUCUCGCCCAAGCUGCUGGGCGAGCUGCUCAAAGACAGCAGCAAGCUGGUGCCCAUGCUCUCAGCCAAGGCGGCCCAGGCCAGUGACUUGGAGAAGAUGCACCUGGACGAGAAGUCUUUCCGCUGGCUGCACAACGAGGACCAGAUGGCUGUGGAGAAGCUGUCUGAGGGGAUCCGGAAGUUUGCUGCUGAUGCUGUGAAGCUGGAGCGGAUGCUGACGGAACAAAUGUUCAGCACGGAGAAUGGGAAAUAGCAUGCAUUGGAGCGAGUAGACCCCAGACCUGCACUGCCUGUGAUUUGGGGUCCCACUGUGCAAGGCUUCGUGGAAUCUUCCAUUUUUUUUAGCAGUUGGACAAGAAUGGAUCAUAGGUUUCUGAUUUUACAUAAAACUUUCCCUAAUGCAUUAAAGCAGUUGCUUUUCCUGUGCCCGAA